UCUUAUUGGGCUUGAAGAGCCUGUUUACAAGUUUUCUAUACAAGUUGAUUGCACAUUGACACGAGCCCUCCAAAAUCCAAAACUAGGGAACAUUGAAUUUGAGACUCACGCAAACACUCACACAACAGUAAUGGCCGCUAGGCAUUUUCUGCUUCACUGCCUUCGCCUCCGUAGCUUCCAAGGCUUCCAGGUAGCGCCGCCUCAGGGCCACCGUCUGUGGUGCAGUGCCACCUUAUCAUCAGAAGAAGAAGCUAUCGAGAACGCAUCAGGCGGGACCCACACCCGCUGUUCCGACGUCGAGGUGGAUGAACGGGAAUGGAUGGACAAAGAGGAGAAGAUUGCGAGAGACAUUGAACCAAUCGUUAAGCUGACCAGACAUAUUCUUUUCUCACCAAGGUACAAGAAUGGGGAGCUAUUGACUAUGGAGGAUGAAAGAGCCAUAACAGAAAACGUUCUUAUUUAUCAUCCAGAAUAUGAAGAUAAAAUCGGAAGUGGCUUGUUCGCCAUUAUGGUUGAUCGGCAUCCUGUGUAUCUAUUUCCAAGGUGCCUUUUUGUGGUAAGAACUGACUGUAGCUGGAUCGACUUCUCCUAUCGGGUGUGCCUUGAAGAAUACAUUAAAAAUAAGUACCAAAUAAGGGCAGAACGGUUUGUUAAUAGAAGGUUUCUUAAAAAUCUUAUUAAACGAUGGGGUAUUGGUACUUAUAAUUAUUGAAGUAAACGGUAGAAGAUGACAAUUGGCUGGGAUGUGUAGCUUAUUUCUGAAGGGAGUGUAGAAAAUUAUUGAAGUUAGCUUGCAUAAAACUUUUCUUUGUAAAAGUUCAUGAUUAGGUAAACUCGCAGACUGUAAGGAAUAAUGUUUUAUGGAUUGGCUGCCUUUAGUAUAGUUACAGUUUUACUAGGAUUCA